CGACAACUCGGCGGGCGCGCAACCGGAGCCUCGGCCUUGGGUCGCAAGCAGAGAGAGGCUGAGACCAGGCCGUGGCCCCGCAAGGCCUUGCCCAGGGUCCUUGUCCCAGCCAGGCCAAGGCACAUCCCAGUCUGAGCUCCGCCCCUCUUGCUGCAGCCCCUGCCAAGUCGGUUAGUGGUGAAACAGGAAACAACAUCCCAUCAGGAAAAACCUGAAGGUGUCAUCCAGUAGCUGUGCCUCACGUCACUGUUUGCCCUCAGUCAGAAAUCUUGACUUGCAACUUUAGAGGGUGGGUCUCUUAAAGAAUCUCGGAGCUUACACAGAGAUGAGGCGUGUUGCUCUCUGAUGAGAAAGAAGCUGGCUGGAGUGCUGGAGUCUGACUGUUCUUCACAAGCAAGCGCCCCUUGUGUGGACUGAAGUUUCAGAAAGAAUGUUUCAGACAUUUAAAGAAUGGUUUUGGUUGGAAAGAUUCUGGCUUCCUCCAACAAUAAAAUGGUCAGAUCUUGAAGAUCAUGAUGGACUCAUCUUUGUGAAACCCUCUCAUUUAUAUAUGACCAUUCCAUAUGCUUUGGGCUUGAUGAUUAUCAGAUAUUUCUUUGAAAAAUUUAUUGCUUCACCUCUAGCAAAAACAUUUGGCAUUAAAGAACAAGUGCAAAAGAUUACACCGAAUACCACCUUAGAGAAGUUUUUCAAACAGUCCACAAGGCACCCAUCUCAAACUGAUAUUUAUGGACUGGCAAAGAAGUGUAACUUGACAGAGCGCCAGGUUGAAAGAUGGUUUAGGAGUCGGCGGAAUCAAGAGAGGCCUUCCAGGAUGAAGAAAUUCCAGGAAGCUUGCUGGCGAUUUGCAUUUUACUUAAUGAUUUCUGUUGCUGGAAUUGCAUUUCUUUAUGAUAAACCUUGGGCAUAUGACCUGUGGGAGGUUUGGAAUGGCUACCCCAGACAGCCCUUGCUGCCAUCCCAGUACUGGUACUACAUUUUGGAGAUGAGUUUUUAUUGGUCUCUCUUAUUUAGCCUUGGCUCUGAUAUCAAGAGGAAGGAUUUUCUAGCUCAUGUCAUCCACCACCUGGCUGCUAUUAGUUUGAUGAGCUUCUCUUGGUGUGCUAAUUAUAUUCGCAGUGGGACCCUCGUCAUGGUCGUACACGACGUGGCCGACAUGUGGCUGGAGUCUGCUAAGAUGUUUUCUUAUGCUGGGUGGAAGAAGACCUGUAACAUCUUAUUUUUCAUCUUCUCCGUCAUAUUUUUCAUCAGCCGCCUCGUCAUUUUUCCCUUCUGGAUUUUAUAUUGCACGCUGAUUCUACCUCUGCACUACCUCGAGCCUUUCUUUUCAUACAUCUUCCUCAACCUACAGCUCAUGAUCCUGCAAGUCCUUCAUCUUUACUGGGGUUACUUCAUCCUGAAGAUGCUCAAAAGAUGUAUAUUCACGAAGAACCUCAAGGAUGUGAGGAGUGAUGAUGAGGAUGAGUAUGAAGAGGAAGUGGAGGAGGAGAUGGAGGAAGAAGCCAUCAAAAGCCAAGAGAGAGACUGUCUGAAGAACGGCCUUGAGGCCAACAGGGACCUCAUUCCCAACGGUCAGCAUAGCCAUUAGCUUGAAGCCUACGGACACAGUGUGCUGCCAAGGCUGCUGGAAGCAGAAGUGCUCUCGCCUCCAUGGCUGUGGCCCCAGGACCCAGAGGGCCACAGACUCCACCCUUCCCCUCUCUCUCACCACCAUCUUCCCCCUCCUAAGAUGUAUUUAACAAAACAUUGUUCGUUUGUGUUAAAAUGUUAAAUAUAAGCAUCCCCAUGUUAAAUAUAAGCAAAAUAAGCCCAAAGCAAACAAAGGAAGGAAAAAACAGAGAUAAGAAAUUGAUGAACUUGAAAGCAGAACAUGAAUACUCUUAAAACUAUGAGAAAAUUAAAUAUGUAGUUUAUAUAAGCAGUUAGGACUCAGGUUGGUCAAAGAUUUCAGAUUCCUCCAGAGAACCUUCCAGUUCUGCUUGUGCCCAUUCCUACACCAGAGAUGUUGGAGCUCACUUUGUUGUUGCCUUCCCCUUCCCACCUUGUCUGUCCUCAGGAUGCUUUGAGACGUGCUGAGUCAACCCACUUUCCCUAGGUGUGCUUGGCCACAGAGAGUAGCUCAUUUCCCAGAAAUGAGCUAGAGGUGACAAUGGGACAGUGGCAGCAGGACAAACCAGGGGCCACGCUUCCAGCACUCAGGAGCCCCUUUCAGGGGCCGUGUGUAAAUUUCCACAUCCUGUGUCUCAUCUCUUCAUUGGGAAUAGUGCCUGCCUGCCCUGCCUCUCAUGGGGCUGGAGUAAGGAGCAGAUGAGAUGAUGGAAGUGACUGUGCACACUGUCAGCUGUGGUGUCCCUGUCACCCGACCCUCUUUGCACUGUGAUUCCCCUGUCCAGCCCUGUUUAGGAGAGAAGCCUGAUGAGACUUGGCACUGAAUGGGCCUGAACGAAAGGCACAGUCUUAAAAAAUUCCUUAAAUGUGUCUGUAGACACCUGAAAUACAGAAAACCAGAAAGCUGUUUCCACUCUCUCUGAUAACUGCUUAUUUGUUUGCCCCUCGAAGGUAACUCUCAAAUCUUCUGUGUUCUCCUCUGCAGGCCCCAUGGCCAAGGGGAAGGAGUUUUGUCCUGUUCCUUCUUAUUUUUUGCUGGUCUCUCAUUUAUUUCCUCCCUAAAAGGGAAGCUCCCUGCUGUGGCCCUGAGCCUCUCCCUCAGGCCAGCAGAGCCACCCAGUAUGUCAAAGGGUCCAUCCUGGGCCUCUCUGAGGGAGCUGGGUCCAGGCCAGCCUGUUCAUGAGCCAUGGUCUUCUGGAAGCCGAGCCUCUGGGCUGUGGCAUGCAUCUGCACUGCUGACCAAAGACCUUGGAAAUAGAAAGAGAUGCUACUGGCCAAGCAGCCCAACCAGACUGCAUAACAGUAAAGCAGAACAAAACCGAGGGCUGGAAAGUAGCCCCAAGAAAUGUCCAAGGCCAGGUCCCUGAAUCGGUGUCAGCUCUUGGGGCUGCCUGCCUCUCUGGGAGGGCAGGUAGGGGCUAGUGGGUCAGUCGCCAACUCUGGGCCCCACAGGGGCACAUCUGAGGCCAAGUGCAGAGCAAACCUCAAAGGCAUCUCAGGUUUCUGCUGACUGAGGAGAGGCAGACCCUGGCAGAGGCAGAGCCUGAGCAGAAUACACAGCCUUCCCCCUGCCCCCACCCCAGUCUCUUGUAUUUUUGGGUCACAUUUUGCACCUUCAUCUUGUUUUGCUCAGGGCCUGUAUUAUAAAGCCAAGUAAUUGAGAGCUAUGACCAUGGGGACCAGUGAAGCCCAUGCAGGUUUCACUGACAGGGCUGCAGCCCCUGGAGCACAAAGGGCACUGCACACGGUAAAGGUGUCUGCCUUUUUUUGGUUUUCAGUAGAAAGGUGUUUUUAAAACCUUCAGGCUAAACAAAAACGAAAAACUUGAGAAUUCUUUCCCAACAAAGUCUCUUGUUGAGAUUUAUUAGAACAACAGAAAAAUAUGUCAAGUUUCUCUGCAUAAUAUUUGCUUUUAUGAGUACAAUAACAUGUAUUAUAUGUAUAAUGUUAUAAAUCUCAAAUGCCUCCACUCACUUUAGGCAUAGCUGUUGAAUUAUUAUUAAUAUUAUAUUAUUAUUAUUUUUAUUUUUGGUGGAAGAUAAUACUAAGAUAUUAUUUUUUAUGUUUCCAGUUAGUGGACUAUUUUUUUCCUUGAUUUCUUUUGGUCUUGUCUCUGUGCCAAAUAUCUUCUUGCUUGAGGUAGAACAUUGUUUAGUUGCUACUUUAUCUUCCAGUUCUUUCUUCUUAUUUGAACACUGAAGGUAAAAUUGAUAUGCCAAUGUCGACUCUCUGUGAUAACAGCUAGAAGCACUAAACUACCUCCUAAAAGGUAAAUAUGCAUUUUUGGUAACAUCUCUUAGGGCUUUUUUGGUUAAUUUUAAGGGAGACCUCUCUAUAGGAAAAAAGGGCUCAUGCUAUACACCAGAUGACUUUAUAAAAAUGUAGCCCACCAUGCCACCAAUAUUAUUGUAAUGCUAAUGACAUACAAUAAAACAAAGACAGAGCCCAGCAUGUAUGGUGAUUGAGUAGAUUCAACACACAUGUUGCUUGGCUUCUUAGUGGUCACUGCUGGUCUUACUGAGUGAUGGAAACGUUUGCCAGUCCUCCUGACACAUGAGGACCAGAUACCAGACAAGGAGGGGUAGCAGGUUGGACCUUACUGGGGUGAGCCUCUUGGCUGUGCAUAGGGUAGAUAGGUAGACACCUGUGGUCUGGAAGCCAACCUGGAUCACAGCAGCUGGGCCCUGUAGCAAGAGGCACUGAAAGGUGCCAAACAAAGGGAGUCAUCCCAGAGGUGUUUCCUCAGCCACCUUUUCCGCACCAACCAUUAAGAAGUGGAGGGGGAAAUAGGGCCUACUGGUGAUUCAACUGGCUGUCCAUCAGAAUAUUGAUGGACACCUAUUGAGCUUAAAAAUACACCUUUUGCCUGUUGCCUGCUCCACAUGUUGCUUUGGUACCUCUGGGGUGAGAAAAAGAAAUCUGCAUUUUAACCAAGUCCAAGUGCUUCUGAAGAGUGGUCAGGACUCCAUGUGACUCCACCUGGCUUUUCUCCUAUUAGCAGUUUUAUAUGCUAAUAGAUAAGAAUAUACAAUGAUACAGAAUAUUUACUCCAAAAUAAAUCCAAAUAAAGUAGUAAGGGAGGAAAGGAAACAUGAGAACAGUCAAGACAAAUAGAAGACAUUUGUAAGAGUUUUAUGCUGGUUACAAUGGCAGUGCUAAGUAGCAAAUCCAAAUUUAUCAGGAAUCACAUCCAAUAUAAAAACAAAUGUCAGUUUGGAUUUCUCAAAAUCCAAACUAUAUUCUGCUUAUAAGAGAUAUGCUAUAAAUGUAAGCAAAAAAAUGUUGACAGUAAAAGAAGGGAGAAAGGUGUACCCUGCAAACUCUAUCCCUAAAAGCUGACAUAGCUAUUCUGAAAUCAGACGAAGGCAAGAAAAACUAGUAGAUGUAAGAGGAAUGUGUCAUAACAGUGAAAGGAAUCAGUCCACCAGGAAAAUAUUUAAAAAUUAAAUCUGUACACACUGCUUAAUAUACCUUUAAAUAUAUAAAGAAAAAUUUUAUAGAAUUAAACAGAGUAACAAAGUCAUAAUCAUGUUUGGGUGUUUUAAACACACCUUUCAGUAUCUGAUAGAAUACACAGACCAAAAAGCAAUAAGAAUAUAGAAGAUCUGAACAAUGAAAUGAACAAAAUUGACCCAGUCGGCAUAUGUAGAACACUGUACCCAACAACUGUAGGCAUGCAUUCUUUUCAGGUGCACAUGAACAUUUACUCAAAUUGACCACUUGACAGGCCUUAAGACAAAUCCCAGAACAUGUCAAAGGUUUUAAAUCAUAUAGUGUAUGACUACUGAUCGCAGUGAAAUAGAUUAGAAAUCUAUAGAAAAAAGAUAAAUAGAAAAAGCACAUAUUCUUAAAUUAAGCAAUGCACUUCUAAGUAAGCUAUAGAGCAGAGAAGAAAUCACAAAGGAAAUAAAACAUUUUAAACUGAAUUAUAAUAAAAUGUAUGUGGGAUUAACUAGUGACAAAUUUAAAGGAAGAUUUGUUAAAAGUUUUAUAAGUAAAGAAUGUUGAUGCAAGUCAAUUAUCUAAAUGUCUAAAAAAAAGGAAUUAAUAAAAUAGGAAACAUAUAAUAGAGAGUAUAAAAAACCCAGAAGUAUGUUCUUUAAAAGAAAAAAAAUUAAAGAAUCCUGGAACACUUAUCAAGAAAGACAUAAAUAACCAGUGUUAGGAAUGAAAAGAGUCUGUCUAUAGAUCAACAGACAUUGAACAAUUAAUAGGAGACUAUUAUGAGCAAAUAUCAAUGGAUUUGAAAACGGAAAUGAAAUGUGUAAUUUCGUAGAAAAAAUACAACUUGUCAAAUGGGCACAAGAAGAAACAGAUGUCUAAAUAGUCCUCUAUACAAAACAAUUAUAUCUGAAAUUUUAAAAUCCCCUCCCUCCAGAAAAAGUCUUUAGGCCCAGAUGUCUUAUUCAGUAAAUUCUUCCAAUAUUUAAGGAAGAAUUAACACACAUAUUACACAAACUCUUCCAGAAGCAAAAGGAAGGAACGCCUCCACACUUGUUUUACAAGGCCAACAUAAUCUUGGUCCUAAACUCUAACAUGAGUAUUUGGAGACAGAUGCCCAACAAUCAGCUAAGUCAUUCAUAAACUUAGGUGCAAAUCUUCUAAACAAAAGCAAACUGAAUUCAAGAAUAUGAAAAGAAGAUAGUACGUGACAAACAAGCUGGGUUUAUUUUAGGAGCUUGUAGUUGAUUUACUAUUUGAAAAGCAAUAUUAUUCAUCAUUUUAAAGAAUAAAAGAAAAAGCCAAACCUUCAAAAGCCUUAGAUAAAAUCCAACACCCAUUAAUUAAAAAAAAAAAAAAAACAAACCUCACAGAAAAGUAGGAAGUAAUUUCCUUUACCUGAUAAAUAGCAUCCUCAAAAUGUGUAAAGCCAGUAUCAUAUGAUUCCCUAAUGGUGAACUAUUGAAAGAUUUAUGGGAUUAUCACCAAGAUAGCUGUAUCUACUAUCUUCACACAUGCACAUCAUCCUGAAUAUGCUCAACAUUAUAUUUCUCAUCCUAUUCAAUAUACUAUUUAACAAAUAAAAAUUAGAAGGCUCAAAAGGAUGAUGUAGAAACUAUUACUAUUAUAAAUGUAAAUGCAAAAAAAAAUCUCCAAUCCCACAUGUUUUGUGUGUGUGUGCUGGUGUGUGUGUGUGUAAAUUUAUACAAAAAUGUCAAGGAUAAAAAUCUUAGAACAAAGAUAAUUUUAGGAACAAAGUGAGAGGAUUCAUUCUACUAAUUACUAAGACAUUAUAAAAAAAGAAAAAGUAAAGCAGUAUGAAAUUGGUACAAGAGUAGACAAAUAAAACCAUAAAAUUGUAUAAGGCCCAGAAACAUACUCAUGCAUAUAUGGAUACACGGUUAUCUUUAAGGAUAAAUAUUAAACUUGACCCUUGCUUAACACCAUAUGCAAAACAAAUUCCAGAUUUUUUGCACACCUAAAUGUGAAAAGUAAAAUAAUAAAUCUUCCAGAGGGAAACAUAAGACAUCUUUAUAACC